AUGGUCCCAAGCGAAGCCCAUCAGUACAGUGGGAUUAUCCAGUUGCUUCAGCAUUUUGGGUGGACCUGGGUUGGGCUUCUAGCUGCUGCUGGUGACAGCGGAGACCAUUUCCUGCAGAACCUGGAGCCACUGCUUUCUCAGCAUGGGAUAUGUUCAGCUUUCACAGAAAGGCUCCAGAUACAAGGACGAUUAAUUUCCCUUGAUAUUCUGAGCGAUAUGGCAUCAAACAUUUAUCAUUCUUUCAUGGAUAGAAAAGCCACAGCAAUUAUUAUCUAUGGUGAAAGCAUGACCCUUCUGUGGCUGAGCACUUUAGUGCCAAUAGCAGAUCUGGAAUAUAGAGGAAAUAUAUCUGUUGGGAAGGUGUGGAUUACAACAGCCCAGAUUGAUUUUUCAGUAACAGGCUUUAUAACACGUCAGAAUUUUCAAAUAUUCCAGGGGGCUAUUUCUUUUGCUAUACAUGCAAGUGGACAUCUAGGAUUCCAAGCUUAUCUUCAUAACCUAAAACCUUAUUGGGCACAAGGAGAUGGUUUUCUCCAAGGGUUCUGGGAACAAGCAUUUGGCUGUACAUUUUCCAAUCCCAGCAUAGCACUGGAGGUUGAUAGACCAUGUAUUGGACAGGAGAGGCUGGAGAGUCUUCCUGGACCUGUUUUUGAAAUGGACAUGACAGGUCACAGUUACAGUGUCUACAAUGCUGUCUAUGCUGUGGCACAUGCUUUGCAUUCCAUGAACUCAUCUACAUUGAAAUACAGAGUGAUGGUGGGGAGGAAACGUUCUGAAUUUCAAGAUCUCCAGCCUUGGCAGCUCCACCAAUUUCUUCAAGGCACUUCAUUUAACAAUGCUGCUGGGGAAAUAGUGACUUUUAAUAAUAAAGGGGAAUUGCUUGCAGGAUUCGAUUUAACAAAUAUGGUCAUAUUUCCAAACACCUCUUUUCUUCGAGUAAAAGUUGGACAGGUGAAUCCCAAUGCCUUUGAGGGGAAAGAAUUCACUGUCAAUGAAUCAUCAAUUGUGUGGAGCAGAAAUUUUAACCAGGUACCUCCCCUUUCUGUAUGCAGUGACUCCUGCCCCCCUGGCUAUCAGAAGAAAAAGAAUGAGGGGGAGAAAUUUUGUUGCUAUGACUGUACUCAGUGCGCAGAAGGGAAGAUUUCACACCAAAAGGACAUGGAUGACUGUUUCAGAUGCCCAGAAAAUGAGUAUCCGAACAAAGAUCAAGAAAGAUGCGUCCCCAAGAUUAUAAAUUUUCUCUCUUUAGAAGAACCUUUGGGGAUCAGUUUUGCUGUGGUUGCUGCUUUUUUAGCAUCGAUCACAGCUUUAGUGCUUGCGAUUUUUAUUAAACACAAAGAUACUCCCAUAGUCAAAGCCAACAACCAGGAUGUCACCUAUACCCUGAUCACCUCUCUGUUGCUCUGCUUUCUCUGCUCAUUGUUGUUUCUCGGACAACCAAGUAAGGUGACCUGCUUUCUCCGUCAAUCUGCUUUCGGCACCAUCUUCUCAGUUGCUGUUUCCUGUGUGUUGGCCAAAACUGUCACUGUGGUUCUCGCUUUCAUGGCUACCAAACCAGGUUCCAACAUGAGGAAGUGGGUGGGUAAAAGACUGACCAACUCCAUUGUCUUCUCCUGCUCUCUUAUUCAAGCAGGUAUCUGUGUUGUGUGGGUCGCUAUGUCUCCCCCAUUCCCAGACUUUGACAUGGUAUCAUUCACCAAAAUCAUAGUAGCAAAAUGCAAUGAAGGUUCUGUCACCAUGUUUUAUCUUGUCCUGGGCUACCUGGGACUGUUGUCUAUCAUUAGUUUCACGGUGGCUUUUCUAGCAAGGAAACUGCCAGACACUUUCAAUGAAGCCAAGUUCAUCACCUUCAGCAUGUUGAUGUUUUGCAGUGUUUGGUUGUCAUUUGUCCCAACCUACCUGAGCACCAAAGGGAAAUACAUGGUGGCUGUGGAGCUCUUCUCUAUAUUGGCCUCCAGUGCUGGGCUACUGGGUUGUAUAUUUUUCCCAAAAUGCUACAUUAUGCUGCUAAGGCCUGACAUGAACAGCAGGGAACAGCUAAUAAAGAGGAAAAAAUAG